GAGCAAAGAUGGAUUCACCGAAUCAACAAAACAAAGCAUCGCUGCUGCAGGAAGUGAUCGAUCGAGAUCCGAAGGCUGCCGAUAUGAGGAUCUCACUGUUUGUGUCGGCUGCUCGAUCCUUCAAGUAUGAUUCCUGCCUGCAACCAUUUCCCUCCGAUUACUUGGAAGACCGGGAGAAAAACAUCGGCGCACUGAACAAAGUAUUGGACGGCUUGCCUCCGUUGAUAGGACUGAAGACUAUUGAUCUGGAUGAAAAGCAGGUGGAUUUGUUGUACUGGUUGCUCUGCAGACAAACGACGAUUCCGGCAUUGCGAUCGGUUGAAAAGAUGGAUUUUGAGAGUGUUUUUGCUAAAGCACCCUGCUUAGCAGAAUUCCAGCGACCGCAGUAUGUAUUCAAAGUCAAGUAUCCAGAAGAUUCAGGGGCUGAGAAAAAAUUUAUGAGACACAAGAAGGAAUUUCCUUCUUACCACGCGUAUCAUGGCAGUAAGGUGUUCAAUUUUUAUUCAAUCCUGAGCUAUGGACUGCAGCAACACUUGAACAAAACGGCCCUUUAUGGUGAAGGGAUUUAUCUAUCCACGGAGCUGCACGUGAGUCAGAUGUUUGCGCCAACCGGAGGAGGUUGGCCUCGAUCAGCCCUGGGGAGUCACCUUUCUUGUACGGCUGUCUGUGAGUACAUAGACAAUCCAGCCUACGUCAAGUGUCAGGAGGAAAAUCAAACGGGAGAAUUCCCGGAAAAGUACAUCCUUAUCAAAAACAACGAGAUGGUACAAGUCCGGUAUCUGCUCGUGUACGGCAGCAACCAGACUGUGACUUCCGGUCGGCAUUCGAACUGGCAACUGCAGACUAAAUUCAAUCAAAAAGCGCAACAACCCCAACGACAACAGGUGGGCGGCUGCGUUCAAUGGUUGGCGGCCAACAAAAGCUGGCUUUUGGCGGUCAGCUAUGUGCUGAUGCUGUUUGCCAUCGGACUGAUGAACAAUCCCAAUGCGUACUAUAUGCGGAAGAUGUUUCUGCAAAAAAUCAACCACAUGUGCAGUGCUCUGUUUCGAAGCGAGCAGGAUACCUCCUGAUGAGCAGUGAUGAACUAUCCAAAAAGAUUUCUAUGAAAUAGUUACAACUUAAUAAUGAUAACUGCAUUUCAGAUAUUUUUUUAUUGUGUUGGAAACAGGUUGGCGUUGAUAGUUUUUAUCGAUAAUCUUAAUGAUGCUUAGGAAAAAUAGCUUAAGGAGAAUAU